UUUGUCUAUUCCUUCUGAAAGUAUUGAAAUAACUAGAACAAGAUGGGUAUAAAGCAGAGCAGAUACGAAAGUAGUACUAUUCAAAAUUAUUAUAAAUUAUCAUACGAAGAAUAUUUGUUAAUUAAACAAUUAUGGAAAGAGAUUGAAAAUAAGCCUCAGUAUUAUGGAAAUUUAUUUUUUACAAGUUUUCUUGGAACCUAUCCACAGUAUAUAAAGUAUUAUACUUUGAAUCAACAUAUUCCUCUUGGCGUGGACGUUCGGCUUUGCGCGAAAUUCACACUGAUUAUGGAGGCCAUAGGAUAUCUUGUAGUAGAUGUUUACAGAAAUCGAAGGCAAUUGGAUCGUUUGGUUGGUUACAUCGCUAUGGUUCACAAAGAUAUGCGCUUAGAUAAAGAAGACAUGACAAAUUUCGAAAUGAGUUUUCUGCAAUAUUUGGAACGAACAUUUCCAACGUAUAUGACUGGAAAAUGCCAAAAAGCAAUGAAAUUGUAUUUAAAUAGUAUUGUAAAUGGAAUCGUAAAUAAGAUGGAAAAGUUUCGUCAUUACGAAAUGUCCGACACGGAAAUUAGGCCGAAAUCGUGUAGUACUUCGGUCGUUGUAAGUUAUGUGUCAACAAUUUGGUAUUCGGUCAGACCAUGACAUAUUGGAACGACAGAAAAAAGGAUUGGGAUAUGUUAUUGAACAUGUGGAGUAUUGAAAAUUCGACCUUGGAGCAAUGGUUG